AUGAAAGCCUUCGGGUUGUUGGCGCUGGUCGCCGUAGCCGCUGCUUCGCGGUAUUCCUCUUCGGAAUCGCAGGAGGAGCCUUUGUAUCAGACGUCGAAGGUCCAGAAGACGCCAGUUCUGGAUGAGUACCGUAACAAGAAAGUUUCUGCUGAGGCCGAGGCCUUGACUGGAGAUGAUCUGAUCCGAUAUGUUAACCGUGUUCAGGAUUUGUGGACGGCUCGCCGUCACGCCCGUUUCGACCGCUACCCCGACAGGACCAAGUGGGGACUGAUGGGCGUCCAGAACGUUCGUCUCCCAAUUCAGGGCCUGAUGCAACGUGCUCCGACUGAGAACCUCGACGUCUACAUCCCAGAGAACUUCGACUCCCGCAAGGUGUGGCCCAUGUGCGACUCGAUCAAGGUUGUCCGUGACCAGAGCUCUUGCGGCUCGUGCUGGGCCUUCGGAGCCGUUGAAGCGAUGUCUGACCGUAUCUGCAUCGCUUCGAAGGGCCGUAUCCAGGUCUCGCUCUCGGCCGACGAUCUCCUGUCUUGCUGCAAGUCUUGCGGCUUCGGAUGCAAUGGCGGAGAUCCGCUGUCGGCCUGGAAAUACUGGGUUAAGGAUGGUAUUGUCACUGGAUCCAACUACACCGCCAAGCAGGGGUGCAAGCCGUAUCCAUUCCCACCAUGUGAGCAUCACUCCAACAAGACUCACUUCGACCCGUGCAAGCACGACCUCUUCCCCACCCCCAAGUGCGAGAAGACCUGCCAGGGAGGCUACGAGAAGGAGUACAAGCAAGACAAAUUCUACGGAAAGUCGGCCUACGGUGUCAAGAACAACGUCGAGGCCAUCCAGAAGGAAAUUCUGACCAACGGACCCGUCGAGGUUGCCUUCGAGGUGUACACCGACUUUUUGAACUACGAUGGUGGCAUCUACGUGCACACCGGCGGCUCGCUGGGUGGUGGUCAUGCUGUGAAGAUGAUUGGAUGGGGAAUGGAGCGCGGGAUUCCAUACUGGCUGGUUGUCAACUCGUGGAAUGAGGACUGGGGUGAGGAUGGUUUGUUCCGUAUCAUCCGUGGAAUCGAUCACUGCGGAAUUGAAUCUGGAGUCGUUGGAGGUGUUCCGCGCAUUGAGAAAAGCCGUCUCCACCGUAGUCUCCACCAUCACUACCACCCCGAGGCCGAGGAGGAGUAC